CGGCGCGGAGACGAAAGCGGGCCGGGGGCGGGGCCGGCCGCGAGAGUGCGGGGAGCGCCGUGACAGGUGCGGCGAGGUGUUUGCGCGGGGCUGAGGGCGGCGGCGGCGAUCAUGCUGGAGACCCUGCGCGAGCGGCUGCUGAGCGUGCAGCAGGAUUUCACCUCCGGGCUGAAGACUUUAAGUGACAAAUCAAGAGAAGCUAAAGUAAAAAACAAACCCAGGACUGUUCCAUAUUUGCCAAAGUGCUCUGCUGGACUAGAAUUACUUAGCAGGUAUGAAGAUACGUGGGCUGCACUCCACAGAAGAGCCCAGGAAUGCGCAAGUGCUGGCGAGCUGGUUGACAGCGAGGUGGUGGUGCUCUCCGCGCACUGGGAGAAGAAGCAGGCGAGCCUGAUAGAGCUACAGCAGCAGCUUCGGCAGCUUCCAGGCCUGAAGGCAGAUUUAGAAUCCCUGACGGCAAGUCUGACUCAUUUAGAGGCUAGUUUUGAGGAGGUAGAAAACCACCUGCUGAAUCUGGAGGAUUUAUGUGGACAGUGUGAAUUAGAAAGAUACAAACAUAUGCAGUCCCAACACCUGGAAAAUUACAAGAAAAAUAAGAGGAAGGAACUUGAAACCUUCAAAGCUGAACUCGACGCGGAGCACACCCAGAAGGUCCUGGACAUGGAGCAAACCCAGCAAAUGAAGCUGAGGGAGCGGCAGAAGUUUUUUGAGGAAGCCUUCCAGCAGGACAUGGAGCAGUACCUCUCCACAGGCUACCUGCAGACAGCAGAGAGGCGAGAGCCCAUGGGCAGCAUGUCAUCCAUGGAAGUGAAUGUGGACCUGCUGGAGCAAAUGGACCUGGUGGACAUUUCUGACCAGGAGGCCCUGGACGUCUUCCUGAACUCCGGUGGCGAGGGGAACACUGUGCUAUCCCCCGUCUCAGGGCCUGAAGUGAGCCCCGGGCAGGACCAAGUUACCCUUCAGGUUCCACAUGCCUCCCGAGCCACCCGGCCUUCCUCGCCUGCACCCUGCACCGACCCGACUGCCCGGGACCCCAGCGAAGGGGGUGAGUCCCCCGUGGUCCAGUCUGACGAGGAGGGAGUGGAGGUGGACACCGCCCUUGCCACCUUACACACUGAUGACAGUGACUCCUAAACCCGGGCGUCCGUGCUCUGGCCACCUUCAGAGGAUGACACAGCUGUGCCCAGAGGCCUGCAGUGAAGGCAAGUGUAUUUAGAGAGGCUCUCGAUUUUUACACAGUUGCCAAUCAUGUGUGAGAAACUGACUGAAACAACAGCUACAAUAAAGUUUGAGGACCGCAAACACAGCCAGUUUGUACAGAAGGGCUGCUAAACACACAUGUUCUGCAGGCCUCAGUGCAGGCUAGGCCAGGAAAUUGGGUGUCCACGCCGGCUUGGCACUGAAUGGCAAAGCCCUUUACAGGCAGGAAACUGCUUCCUCUCAGCUCUAACCAAGGUUGGGUUUUCAUCUAAUCGUUACAAAAAUUAUGAAGUCCAACAAGCACGGCCUACCUUAAUAGAGCACACACCCGGGCCCAGAGGAAGAGAGAGAAACUGAAGCCAAGCCCACACGUCAUCCCGCUCCUGGCGGGACCCCACUCCCCCAGGGACAUGUUUUACCCUCUCCCCGCUCGCUCACAGCCCAGGGACGAGGGGCAGGCUGGCGCUAGGAUGGGUGGCUGCGGCCCUGCACCCUCGUGGCCACGCUGCCUGCUGGUCUCCAGGGGCCCCGCAGAAAAUCAGGCAAACGGCAGCCGUUUGGUUUUUGUUCAGAGGGCAUCCAGGCACCUGCCAGUGGAGGGAAAGUGAGAUUAAAUCUUUAGUGUUCACUCCACUCCCUGGCCAAUGGGACAGACCCCCUCAACCCGUUUAUCAGAAAACAUCUCAUUUCAUUCACUCUCUUCCACAAGACAAACAAGUGUCCAAAAAACUUUGUUUUUAUUAUUAAACCUUGUAGUACAAACCUGAAAAGUAAACAAAAAACUGGCAAUAAACAACAUGAAGUCUUCCCUCCCGGGGGAGGGCUGCAGAGCAGCGCUAAUAAAUUAAACGUCAGACCGUAAGCCGUAGGCAGAAGUUCACCGUCCAAGAGAGGGCAAGAACACAGCAAGGCCAUGAAAACCGGACAAGCACACUGGAAAACACGACUCUGCUCGUGUCAUUGUUAAAUAUUCCAACACAGUUCAGUCUUCUGCCCACGACAACCGACAAAGUGUCACAGGACGCUCCUGACAAGACAGCCCCACCGGCGAGCUCAGUGCAACACGGGCAGCUGCGGGAUCGGUGAAUCCAAUUAUGAAACAAAGAACAGCUUGUGAAAACAGUUUCCCUUUUUUAUUCCACACGUACUGUACACACAACCGGAGAAGGGCAACAGCUACUCCAUUAUUAUUUUUUUUGUUGUUGUUCAGUGAUGUAAGCAGCACUUAUAAAUGUUACAAGAAAAACCCUGUAAGCAUCCAAUCCAACCGAUGAAGAAACUGAAGUGUAAGGCUUUUCUUCAUCUUGUCUUCUCACCCCCUCCCCUCCCCCACCCAGAAAAAGGCUCAAGUAUUUAAAACAAUUUACAGGCGUAUAUACAAAAGGGACGGGAUUUUUUUUUUCUUUUUGUUACAACAUGAAGAGAAAAAAAUAGACCAGAUGAGCGCAGAUACAUUUUCACAUUCAAAAAAAGAACGGCAGACCUCCUAGUGGCUCUAGAUGUGAUCGCCAACAGAACGAGUUUAAAAAGAAAGAUUAAUGCUGACCUGUGAAGGUGUAAAACAACAAGCUGUGAGAUGAAGACGGAAUGUUAGAAAGAUUGCACAUCUAUGACAAAGAAGCACUUAAGGGCUUCAAUCACUUUUUUCCUUUUUUUUUUUUCUUAAGGAUGCUAUUGAAGGGUUUUUUGAUAAAGUAGCCAACAGCACCAAAAAAGAACAGAAUGGAUUUCCUAGAAAUCAGGCACAGGUUCCCUCACGUGACCCCCUCCAAGGCAGGCAGGCUUUUUCUUCUCUUUCCUUUUUUUCCUUAAACAGAUGCAUAGUGAUGUGCUGGUAAAGAGAACCUCGUCACUCCGACCUCCUCAUUUUGCCUAUGGUUAGGAAACAACGUCCACCUUCAGCUGCCAUAACCGCCCAAAGAAACAAAAUGGGGAUUCUCCGGUUUUAACAAUUACAAACUCAUCCUGCACAUGACAGAAGAAAAGACAGCCAAAGUAAAGCCAUUUCUUUCAAGUUUUGUGUGUGUGUGUGUGUGUGUGUGUGUGUGUGUGUCUCCUAUCCCUUUUCCUCUCUAGAAAAAAAUCUGCUCACAUUACUGAUGGUUUUAAAUUUGUUCUCCAAACUUCACCCUCUUCAAAACUGGGUUAAAAAGCCUUUUUUCCCCCCAACAAUUACAAAAAAACAAAACAAAAAAAGAACACAAACAAAAAUCAAACAAAAAGGCUUUUGUCAGCCACAAGGGGCGAUACAAAUUAAUAACAGCCCCUCAAGGGUUUUAAAACAGUGAAUAUACGGCAGUUUCAAAAAUCUGACUGCAGUAUCUAGGUAUUCUAAGUACAAAAAAAGUUCAACAGUUUAAUGCUAAAACAAAAUUAGUUCUCUAAAACCAGAAGAAAAUCUUCUUCAGAGCUAGUGCAAAGACAGCUUGUAUCCUACAGCCAGUACUCCAAACUAGAAUAUAAUAAUUACAGGAAAGUAUCUAUCCCCGGCCCACGGUGCUGGCGUCUUCACGAGGAGGAAGCAGCGGCGAGCCGGGAGGGCGGCACGUCCACCGUCGCUCUCUUGCGAGGCCCUCUUUUUGGUGUGGGUUUACCGAGACAGUUCUCAAUGCUGCCGUUUUUACCAGAUACCUUGCCACAGAUCUGAUUGACCAGGGUGAUAAUUUGUUCCUGUUUCGGGUUGAAAGGAAGACACAGGAUUAGCCAACGGAAGAGCGUCGCCAGGACCCCCCAGGGAGUCACCUUCAUCAAACCAGGUCAGAGCAGCACAGAGGGGGGGUGGGGAGGGCUGGGUGGCCUUGGAAAUCCGCCCCGAGGUUCCUGGGUGCGGCGGCCUGGGAGCUGGUUAGGACAACAACUUCCCGAGACCGAGGUCCCCUGGCCAGGCACCUCAACGAAACACUCCUCCUAGGGGAGAAACCUGCCUUUUCUCACCUGGAAGCCAAGGAAACGGUAUGCCAAGUCCCUUCCUGAUGGGCAGCUUCCUAACCCCCACUUCCCCCUCCAGGGAGCCCAGGAGUGCCCCCUGGUGGCUGUAAAGUCAAACGUUCACGAGCUGAAAGCCCUGAAAUACCUGCAGCCCCCAAACCAGAGUAAGUGUGGGGCUGUUUCCUUAGAGCUGCUUUCCCGUCUCGUCUGUACCUUCACCCGUGUCCACGAGGUCCCUCGCCGCCGAGACAACACAGCAGCAGGCUUCCUGCUGCCGUCCCCUGGGCACCUCCUCGGGGCUGAGAGGCUGCCCGGGGCCCCAGCAGGAAGGGGAGGCCUGAGGGCCCCGUGCCUCUCAUCUGGCUCCCUGCACGGUGACACAUGCCUGGGGGCUGCCUGGUGCGCUCUCUGGCUACUCUGGAGCCUACUUAACCUGCGCUUGCAGAUGAAUACAAACACGUGUCUAUAAACGUUCCUCAUUCCCUCCGCCGCGAAGGGGAGAGAACGCAACAAGAGAACCAUCUAUCUGUUGGCGUCAAAAAUACAUGCGUAACUUUAACACAACUCGAAACAAUCCAGUUUUAAAAGAAACCACGGGGAGGAGUAUUAAAAUGGCCCAUGUUCUGACGUACACUGCAGAACACCUGCUGGAGCCAGGGACAGACGGACCAGGAGGACACGGGGACAGGACGCCACUCCUUCACUCAAGCCUGAGGGUCAGCCUAGUCCGGGCCCAGGCCUGCUCCCAGGCACUGCAGACAUCCUUGGGCCACUUAAGGCACUUCCAAUACACAUGCUAAUGAAGAACAAACAGAUGAGCUUCAUUAAAGCCCAGUUACCUGCAGCUAAAGCCACCUGGGCAGCAGGGGCGGGGUCCAAGGAGGCAGCCACCCGCCCGCACCUGUGGGACCGAACGGCUGGACAGAGGGGGUCUGACCAGAGCUGUGCUCUCAAAAGCCAUUUCUGAGAUCCAACCCAGAGCUGGAAAUUCCCCAGUUAAAAAAAAAAAAAAUACAGUUCAACUCAGCAGGGAACUGACUUGUGAUUUUCAUUUACUAAAACAGGCCACUGGCAAAGUAGGAGGCUUAACAAAACCUUUUCUCUUCCCUAUGCGUGAGAACCAAUGAUUAAGCUUCAGACCGACAGACCCUACUACAUAUGUGAUUCUUUUCCAGGAUUUUGGUCACAUCAAGACACCUAGCUCCAAGAUGGGCUGGAGGUGGAAACUAACCCACGUUUUGUCGAGCUUCAGAAUCAUCUCGAGAAGCCCCAGCGCCGCCGGCUGUACCCUGCGAGUUGCCAGAGAUGCUCUGACUCAGACACGAGGGUUUAUUUUUAACCGUGUUCUGACAUUUGCUGUUCAAGUGAAGAAGCAGGGAGGGGAAAGUGGUUAUUGCCUUCGCUGAACACGCUCUUUAAAAACAAAGAAGACGCAAAGAGAUCUGUUUUCAGCUUUCCAAUCUUACAAUUUAGCCAAAGGCUUCUGAUCAAGUCUGACCGCAGCCUGAGACCCCACGGGUGCCCCCAUCGCCUCCCGGGGCACCCGGCCCGGCCCUGCCCCGGGGCUGCCAUGUGUGAUGGCCAGAUGAGGCCACCUUACGUGGGACUGGCCGCCCCAGGUUUCCAGGGCAGUGGGGAUGGGGGAGCCAGCAGGUUCCACCCUCAGAGAGGGGCUCCCAGCUGGACACCACAGGGAGGAGGACGCUUCUCUGGAAGAGGGCGGGCCAGGAGGGGCAACGGCGUCCCCAGAGCAGUCUCCCAAGGUGACCCCCCCAAAAAGGGCCACGUGUCUCCGGAGCUGCGAGCUUGUACCUGGAAACGCAAUCGCAGAGCAGCCUGGAAGCACGUAAAACACACGUGACGAGACGAGACAGGCUGCUCUGGAAGCGGAGCCCUGGGUGCUCCGUGACGGCUGAAGAAGCGCCCAGGGGCACCUAACGGGCAGUGGAGACCAGCCAACACAGAAAGCACCUCACACGGACCUGCCUCUGGGGGUGGCUGCGGUUUUCACAGAGGGUGGAACUGGGAUUUAUUCAGAAGUUGAAGCCUUCAGGAGCAAAGAGUGAAAGGCUCCGUGUCUGCCGAGGCCCUGGGGUGCGGACAAGGGUGCGGGUGCUCCCAGGGCCGCCCCCUCGGGCGCUCCCCGCAGCUCAGCAAGUGGCCGCAGGCUCUGAAGUUCACCACGCGCGGACCCACAGCAGAACCGCUGGCAGCUGUGGGGGAGGGACGCCGACUCGGGCAGGCGGGCACGGCGGUUGGCACUUCGUGUCCCAGAGACCCCGCGGGGCCAGGGCCAGGAAGGCUUCUCAGGCCGAGUCCCAGGGCCCCAGGGUCGGGCUGCUCUGAGGACACGGAGACCAGAUGGACGCAGCCGCGAGGCCCCUGAAGCGGCCCUCGGCCUGGAGCAAAGGGGAGCCCUGGCUUGGCCCUGCCAACUUCGGUCUCAGUGUGUCCCGCGCUGUCCCCUCAGGAUCUGGGCCCCGACUGGAGGUGAUGGCACAGUCCCCUCCAGACAAUGGGGCAGCCACGCCCCGAAACCGAACUCCUUAUGAACCAAGGCACCGAGGCCAGGAGGGAAAGCAGAGCUGAGCGCGCUGCGGACGCGCUCACUGGGGCACAACAAAGCGCGGACAAGGACAAAAAUCCCUGCAGCCUCCACUCCUGGUUUCUCCAGGCCAGUGGAACUCAAGCCGGACCUGCCCACUCCCCCAUCCUGGCGCGAGGAGCUACCUUCCCAGCACGUCAGGCACCGUCCAGCCAGAAGGUGCCUGGAACCAGGCCGGCUGCACGCAGUCACGAUGAGAGCUGUGACACGGACCACGUGGGCAGGGGGCCGUUGCCACCCCGCGAGGCACUGACCUCGUCGUAGCGGUACAUGAGCUUCAGGCCACGGCAGGACUUCUGCUUCUCCACGUGGCGCAGGGCACACUCCAGACAGAAGACCACAUUCUCGUUCUCCUGCACGACCUGCGGGACGAGA